AUAAUCAUUACACUUCAAAUAUUUUCAUAGAAAGUGCUAUAAUCCCAUGAGUCCAUUCUCUUACUAAAUUAGUGUAAAAAGAAAAUUACAUAUAAGUCCAUUCUCUAACUAAAUUAGUGUAAAAGAGAAAUUACAUAUAGAUAUGGAUAGAUACAUAAUAAAGAAACAAAAAAACAAGGUUGGAUAUCACAUCAAUUCCGCUUAUUCAAUUGCUCUAAAAUAUUUGUGCCAGGAAAAAAAAAAAAACCAAAAAAAAAGACCAAAAAAAUUGCUCUAAAAUAUAUAUUUUAUAUACACAUAUAUGUAUAAUUAAAAAUAAACAAAACCCUAUUUGAAUCCUUUGCGUAUUCAUUUUUUAUCAAUAAACUUUUAAAUGAUGUGUUAUAACAAAAUUUUACAUAGCUGAAAUUUCACUAUCUUUGAAUUCGAGCUAAUAACAGGAUGGAGUUUAGAAUUCAAGACGUGAAUUGAUGCCAAUGAAACAAUUUUUAUUUUAUUUUAUUUUUAUGAACAUUUUGUUGUGAAACAUUUAUUCUAUGACUUUUUAGGUUUAUAUUAUUUGACCGUUAAUCAAAAGUCCCUCGAGAAGUCCAACGGGCCUAACAAAUUGAAAAGUUAAAGCCCCAAUAUUAUUCUGAUUGUAUAUAUAUGUAAUAGAGUAAUAUAAAGAAGUAAACAAGUCAGAAAAUGAAAGAAAGAAAAGUCUCGCAGGCCACAGCACACAUUACACAUACCUUCCUUCUAAGACAUCCAAAGCACCCCCCACCUCACUACUUCUAUACCUCUCCCUCUCUCUCUCUCUCUCUCUCUCUAAGCUAAGAAUUUGGAAGUUGCUCUCAGUUUCUCUCUCUAGAUACCAAGAGUGAAGAGUACCUCCAUCCCACUCUCUCUCUCUAAAGAAACUUCUUUGAGCAGAGAGAAACAAAGUGGAAAAAGGAAUUCAGAGAUGCUAGAAAUGGAUGGAUCGGCAAAACCUCCGCAGAUCUCCGAAAUGUUCCAGAAGUUCGCUCUCGCUUUCAAGACCAAGACUUUCGAAUUCUUCGCCGAGGAUGACGAAACCGCCACCGCUGCCGCUGCCGCCGUCACCGAAGACGCCGACGGCUUCGCCCUCCUGGACUCCGCCGAAGAAUUCAUCACCGACCAGAAAGUCGUCGUCAUCAAACCGGACCAAACCCACAAUCUCUCUCCCACAAAAUCAGCUUCUCCGAUUGAACUCACCAACACCCAAUUCACCGAAACCCUCAUGUCGUCGCUAUUCGCCACAAUUUCGUCGUUUGAAGCUUCGUAUCUUCAGUUACAGACAGCCCACGUUCCCUUAGACGAGGACGCCAUUAAAACCGCCGAUCGAGCUUUGGUAUCGCAUCUCCAGAGAGUGUCUGAUUUGAGGCAAUGUUACAGAAACUUUCGGAAAAACCCUAAUUCCAAAUUUGAUUUUUCAACUGGGUCUUGCUUCGAAGCUCAGGUGCAAGAGAAUCAGAGCAAGCUUCGAACGCUAGACACCGCCAUCAAUCGAUUACAGGCGGAUAUCGACGUUAAAGACGACCAAGUUUUGAUUCUCAGGCAACAGUUGAACAGUAUCCAACACACCAAUUCGAAGUUGACAAAGAGAUUAUCGAUUAAUUCGACCGGCGAGGUCUCGGUAACCAUCCGGGUUUUUGAUUCGAUGUUGCGUGAAGCUUGUAGAGCAUUGCAUAGUUUCACUAAGCUCUUGAUUGAAUUGAUGAAGAAAGCAGGGUGGGAUUUGGAAUUGGCUGCAAAUUCGGUUCAUCCCAAUAUCGAUUACGCGAAAAAAGGCCAUAAUCGCUAUGCUUUCCUGUCUUAUGUUAGCCUGGUGAUGUUUCGAGGUUUUGAUUCAGAAAGUUUUGGCUUGGGCGAGAACAGAGUUGUGUGCAAUGGUAAUGGAUCAAACUCAGACAUGAACAGUUCAUUGAAGCAAUUGAUCGAGCAUGUAUCGGGCAAUCCAAUAGAGGUUCUAAGUAAGCAUCCAAAUUAUGAUUUUUCGAAAUUUAGCGAGAGAAAGUAUCAGCAACUCAUACACCCUACCAUGGAAUCAUCAAUUUUUAGUGAUUUGGACAGAAAGGAAGUGGUACUGGAUUCAUGGAGAUCACUGGGUGUAUUCUAUGAGUCGUUUGUUCAAAUGUCAAGCUCAAUUUGGUUGCUUCAUAAGCUGGCCUAUUCUUUCAAUCCCAAAGUUGAGAUUUUUCAGGUGGAGAGAGGCGUAGAUUUUUCGAUGGUAUACAUGGAAGAUGUCACGCGGAAAGAUAUAGUUCCCAGUAAGAGUAGGCCGAAGGUGGGAUUCACAGUAGUCCCCGGUUUCAAACUCGGGAAGACGGUGGUUCAGUCUCAGGUUUAUCUAACUGGCUUGAAGUGUACAUAGUAGUAAUGGUUACACAAUGGGAAAAUAAAGAAUCAUAAACAAUAGAGGCUACUUCAAAUGGGGAUCGAAAGACAUUGGUGGAAUGGGUUUUGGAUUGUUUGUUGAGAAUCUUGAUAUAAGAACACUAAGAAUUCGAUUGGAGUUUCUCGAUCAAAAGAUGCCUCAGUGAAUGUGCUCAAAGAAAGGAACUUGGGAAAUGGUACAAUUACUAAAUGCUAUCUUCUUAGUAUGUGGCAUGGAAGCAUUUUUAGAAUUAUCUUGUGAUACUUGUGACUCACUUCGGUUUAUGAAGUUGCUUACAUUGUUUCCCUUUUCUUUUCUGGGGUUUUCUGUUGAGCCCAUGUAGAGAUGGCUGUAAAGCAAUGUUUACUUGUUUUUUUCUUUUGUUUUAUAGGUUUGUGGUGGGAGAUGGGGUUGGUGUGGGUGUGGGG